AUGACCACUACACUGGAAGCAGAUGUUCACAGUGCCGUGACACCGGAAAUGGGCGAUGAAAGGCACAAAGACGACCAUGCUAUCGCUGGCCAAAACCAUGAGGAUUUGAUUGCUUUUGAUACCGUUACCAAUUCAAAUAUUGAUGAUUCCACAGUUAUGCUAGACAAUAACAAAGAAGAGGAGCAAGCAGACCUCUGGAAGGGGGAGGCAGAAGAAGGUGAUAACCCCGUCAAGACUUAUGCAACAGGAAAUAUCGAUGAAAGAGAAGAUGAAUUGAUAACACAUGCAGAUGAAGAAAACAAUGCGCACAAUGGUACAAGGGAUUCAAGCAGAGGAAUAGAGGACGAUGGGGGUGAGGAUAUUCUAGAGCCUGUUGAAUCUGGGCAUCUCAAAUGA